GGAGGUAGCCGGCGAGCCUGUGAGGGUGGAGCUUGUGUUCCCGCCCAGUUUCCUGAUUCUCCUUCCUAACUCAGCUGGCAACUGCCUGUGAGAAAAGUGUGGCUAGUCUGUCGGGAAGCCGCAUCAAUGGCCUCCGUGCUGUCCUACGAAAGCUUGGUCCAUGCAGUGGCAGGAGCCGUGGGAAGUGUGACAGCAAUGACAGUGUUUUUUCCCUUGGAUACAGCUCGACUUCGACUUCAGGUUGAUGAGAAAAGGAAGUCUAAAACUACGCACAUGGUGCUGCUGGAGAUUAUUAAAGAAGAAGGCCUCCUGGCACCAUAUCGAGGGUGGUUUCCAGUUAUUUCCAGUCUCUGCUGCUCCAAUUUUGUCUAUUUCUACACUUUUAAUAGCCUCAAAGCAGUUUGGGUCAAAGGUCAACGUUCUACUACUGGAAAAGAUCUGGUAGUUGGAUUUGUUGCAGGAGUGGUGAAUGUGUUGCUAACAACUCCACUCUGGGUAGUAAAUACCAGACUGAAGCUGCAAGGGGCAAAAUUUCGGAAUGAAGACAUUGUACCAACCAACUACAAAGGCAUUUUUGAUGCUUUUCACCAGAUCAUUCGAGAUGAAGGAGUCUUGGCUUUGUGGAAUGGCACAUUUCCCUCCUUACUGUUGGUCUUCAAUCCUGCUAUCCAGUUCAUGUUCUAUGAAGGUUUAAAACGGCAGCUUUUAAAGAAGCGGAUACAGCUUUCUUCUUUGGAUGUGUUCAUCAUUGGUGCAAUAGCCAAAGCCAUUGCUACCACAGCCACCUAUCCCAUGCAGACUGUACAGUCAAUUCUGAGGUUUGGACGUCACAGACUAAAUCCAGAAAACAGAACACUGGGGAGCCUUCGGAAUGUUCUCUAUCUUCUUCACCAGCGAGUCAAGCGUUUUGGAAUAAUGGGACUCUACAAAGGUCUCGAAGCAAAACUGCUGCAGACAGUCCUCACCGCUGCACUGAUGUUCCUUGUUUAUGAGAAACUGACAGCUGCUACCUUCACCAUCAUGGGGCUGAAGAGUGCUGCCCACAAGCACUGAGAUAUGGUCCAGUAAAAUGCAGAGAUUCUUGAGAUGAGGCCUCUCCCUUCAAGUGAAGAGAAGCAGUGCUCUUUCACUCUGGCCCCUUCACCUGCACAUGUUACCCUCAGGGGCUGGAAAAGCAUGAGAGGAAAAUGGGCAGUACAGCCCCCUGGUCCUAUGGCUGUGUAACUUGCACAAUGGCUGGUUGGAUUUGGCAAAACUUUUCCAUCUGAAGUUUUUCUUAAAAUUACCAGUUAUUCUCUUUCCCCAAACUCUCUCCAGGUUCUAGGGCAAAUUCAAUAACAUAAUUCUUCUCAGAUACUUUUGUAUGUCUUAGUCUUGAUAGUUUCCUCAUUAAAAACAAUAUUUUUGAGCUGGGUGUGGUGGUACUCAACCCGUAAUCCCAGCACUCGGGAGG